AUGGAAACAGACUGUUCCGUCGACAGAGUUAUUAAUGACAUUCUUGAGAGCCUGAAGAUAUCUUCAGUAGAAAGCUCCGACUCAGAUACCCCAAAAAAUCCUUCUUUGAAAUACUGUGACAUUAUUCAACUUCAAUGUCCCUGUAGGGGCAUCUUCUUAGAAAAGUAUGAAGAGGUUCUAACGGAGAUUCGAGUUUUAGGAGCAUGGAAUGAAAAAGAACCAAUUCUGGCGUCGCUGGUGAAUGAGGAAGCGAUAAUUGAGCUAGACUUUGAGUUUUAUGAGGAUCCCGAAAAAAUUCAUCGCUGCAGAUUACUGGAGAAAGGCGUCAAAAAAUAUUUGGAAAACAAGAGAUUACAGGAAAUAAAUGCACCUGCGGAGCUUGGGGUUUUAACCUGUCUAUCAUUGGCAUUACAACUUGAUUGGGAAAUUGAAAUUCUGCGAAAUACUUGCAUAAUGCCGGCAAAAGAAAAAUACAUUAGAGCCCCACCUCACUGUUUUAAUGGAGAAGUUGUGCUUCUUUUCAGACCCUGGAAGACUAAAGACGCUUUUGGUGGGUUAGGUCGUAACCUUUAUCAAAAGAUCAAAAAGUGUUUGUUGGACCAUUUCUGUUUGUCAGAAGUGGAAAAGUGGCCCGAUGUGUAUACUAGAAGAGUGGCGAAUGAAACUAUGAUCGUGAUUUUACUGGAGGGCGAACUCGUCAUUAUGAGUCAUGAUAAGGGUUGGAACAGAUAUGUUUUAGAAAGCUUGCAAGCAUUUUCAAUGGUUUUGAAAGAAAUAUCUGGACCGCAAACACAGUCAAGGGCUUCCGUGCUUCUCCAAAUCGCUGGAAUGGAAAUCGAGUAUGUGAAAGGAACACUGAUGAAUAUAAGAAUAGAAACCAAAAUUAAAGAAAUAUAUUCGAAGCUCAAGUGCUUCAGCUUAUACCAGAAGUUUGGAAGCCAUAGUACACCUGUACCUGGAAUUGGUAACCAUGAUGAAUAUCAAGAAAGCUCUGGAAAAACAGCUCCUCCCGAAGAAGUUUUGCGUCUUCAAGAAUUAAUUCGAUUCUUUAUUAUUGCAAGUAACACAUGCCGUUUUGAGAUAUCAUUUUACGUGGAUUAUUUGCUCAAAAAUUUUGACAAACCGACACGGGAUAUUAUUGGUAAAGCUGGGGAUCUAAUGCAAUAUUUGUGGUCCACGAAACAUCGGUGCCUUUGCUGGGAAAAAUCAAACGUAGCUGGUCCUAUUCAACUAGAUGCAUUUGCUGAUGCUUCCUCCUUCGUCAAAAAGGAUUGGUCUGAUGUAACUCUUGGGUAUUACUUCAAAAUAAACAGCAACGCCAUGGGUGGGGUAUCUGAGAAAGUAACUUCAACUGAAUGGACAAUUGAAAAACUUGAAAUAUUUGCAAUCUACAGAUCUUUGACAAGACUUAAUGAUGUAAAUGUCUUCUUACGACACUUGGGAUACGAUAACGUAACCAGCAUCACUUCAGAUAGUAAGAGCGCGCUUAAUAUUGUCAAAUUCACCGAUUUUGCAGUUCAUGACAAAUUCUAUGAAGAAAUACUUGUCAGAAUUAAGGAGUUAGAUCGAAAACUAAAUCUGAGGUACAAGUUUAUCAGGUCUAAGGAAAACUUUGCAGACUUACUCACGAAGCCUCUCAAAAGUGGCCACUUUGAGUCUUUAGUAUGUGAUUAUUUUAGUAGUCACCGAUAG